CCUGCGCAGGGCGGCGGGACCGAUGACUAUUUAUUUGGUUCUUCACUUUCUCCACUUUUAUCGGAGCGAUCAACAAAAAGGCAACGGUGAAAAUCAAAGGGGUAAAGGCCAAGGAAGGUAGAAGAUUCGGCAGAAGGAAGAAGGCCGGCGGCGGCGUUGAUUAAACAAGCAUGGCACCUAUAUAAUGGACGACGAGGGUGGUGGACGUUUCUCUUUCUCAUUCUCCCGCCAUUACGUCCUUUGCCAGUCACGGAAUUCUCCAUGGAUCGCGAAGCAGUGGUCGAGUUUCUGGGGCAAGUCCCUCUGUUACAAAGGCUUCCCGGUUCAUCUUUGAAGAAAAUCGCCGAAGUUGCUCGCUUCAAACAUUAUAAUCGUGGAGAGUACAUUGUUCACGAGGGAGAAGCUGGUGAUGGUGUCUACUUUAUUUGGGAUGGGGAGGCUGAGGUUUCUAUAUCUGCUAAUACUGUUGAAGCAAGUCAAUCAGAACUUUUGUUGAAAAAAUAUGAUUUUUUUGGUUAUGGUAUUGGUACUUCUGUACACCAAGCAGAUGUUAUUGCACUGGGCAAGUUGACAUGCUUGAUUUUAUACAAUGAGAACACACCUUUAUUGCAACCAAAGUCUUUAUGGAAUGCAGAGGAGACACCUGAGACAUGUUCACUGAUGGAGCAGAUAUUGCACUUGGAGCCUUUAGAAGUCAACAUAUUUCGAGGGUUGACUUUAUCUGAUACGCCAACCUUUGGACAUGUUUUUGGAGGACAACUCAUUGCUCAGGCUCUGACAGCAGCAACCAAGACUGUAGAUUGUCUUAAGCUUGUGAACAGCUUGCACUGCUACUUUAUCCUUGCUGGGGAUGUUAAUUUGCCGAUUGUAUAUCAGGUUCAACGUGCACGUGAAGGAAAAAGCUUUGCCACAAGGCGGGUGGAUGCAACACAAAAUGGAAAUGUCAUAUUUAGCCUGCUUGCAUCAUUUCAAAAACCAGAGAUGGGGUUUGAACAUCAAGUUGUUUCCAUGCCCUCUGUGCCUGAGCCAGAAACAUUGCAAUCUGUAGAAGUUCUGCGUGAGAGGUACCUCACAGAUCCACGGCUUCCAGCGGACUACCGAAAUAGGUUAGCUAGGAAGAAAUACAUACCUUGGCCCAUAGAGGUAAGAUUCUGUGAUCCUCCAGAGUCUGUGAAGCAGCGGAAAACUCAACCAAGUGAUCGAUACUGGUUCAGGGCAAGGGGAAAGCUUUCUGAUGAUCCAGCUCUCCACAGUUGCGUUGUGGCAUAUGCAUCAGAUCUUAUUUUCCUAAGUACAAGCUUGAAUCCACAUCGAGUAAAGGGUGUAAGGCCAACCUCUCUCAGUCUUGACCAUGCGAUCUGGUUUCACAAGCCUGUGAGGGCCGACGAUUGGCUGCUAUAUGUGAUGGAAAGUCCAAUUGCAAAUAGUGCUCGAGGUUUUUGUACCGGCCGUAUGUAUAAUAAAAAUGGCGAGCUUUUGGUUUCGUUGACGCAAGAGGGCCUCAUCAGAAAGGCUAAAAUGCCAAAUUCAGCACCUAGGUCAAGUCUCUAAGUUCAGAGAAGAUUGAUAAGCUCUACCAAGAUAAGCAAAGGCAAUUUAAAAGAGAUUGAAAUGUAGAAGAGCUUAGCAUUUUUGGCUUACGUUAACGUUGUCUCUGUUUGCAACUUGACACUGACUAACUUGGACACAUGUGUGAUGUCUAUUUUCCCCUCAAGACGGGAGACAUGGAAGGAUAAACAGUGACUUGAUGGAUUGUCACCUGGCAUAUAAUGCAAGGCUAAGUCUCAGUUGCCAUAGUUCAGUUACUUGGGGGCCAAGCCUAGCUGGUUCUGUUUUAGGAGGUCAAGUAUAGGAUUGCAAUGAUUUUCAUUGUGAGAAAUUGUCAGUGGUGCAUUUCUUUCAAAGGAAAUAGUAUGAAAAUUUUCAAGAUGUUGUAGAAGACCUCUAUCCCAUGGAGAGGCACAGUAAUAACUCUUCUGGAGAUGGUGCUACUUCCAUAAGACCAGCACUAAAUUUGUUUGAUCUA